CCACCGCCACCAUUACGCUCUUUAUCGGCCUGCUCCGGCAGCCCAUUGUGUAUAGCCAUACAUAACUUCCUGAUUUCUCAGCAUCUACAUACAGUUGGAAGCCCCUAAUUAUUCCCAUGUCGGCGGCGGAAUCCCUGAGCAUCGGGGACGAACAAUAUAUUUCAAUUCCCUGCGGGGGUCCUAUCUAUAGCCCCCAUAUGCUUGGGCGCCUCACUCGGGUUUCUGAGUUUGAGAGCUCUGUAUUCGAACAACUUCAGAAUCUCAAGGCAGAGAUUGGUUGGGACUCGCUCGAGAUAUCUGAUGACGAAUUUUGUGUUAAUGAUCUUAAAAUAAUUAACGAGGAGGUCUUGGUAAAUAGGGCUUUUGAAGAGGCAUUUAAGGAUGGGCAGCUGAUAGAAAAUGUUUCACAAAAAUCCCAGGAGCAAUCAUGUCAAAGGUUAGCAGACAAUUCAUUGCUUCUUGCUAAAGAACAAAAUCAGCAAUAUUCCUGGAAACAUUUGGCUGCAGUUCUUGCCUAUUAG